UCUUCUCCUUGUGUGAUGCGUAUCUGCUGAACAUACUGCUGUUACAUACUCUCAUCCAAGAAGAAAACAACAUUCACAGAUUGGUGGACUGUUUCAUCAUGGCUUCACCAGGGGAGAAGGCUCUCCUCCUCCUCUUCCUAGUCCAUGUAGUCUCAGCCCUGCACCUAGGUUCGAUGUCACCCAUGUCUUCCAUGUCUCCCAUGAUGCUCGACCCUGACCCCAUGACCCCAGGCUUCCCAUCUCCCCCCGCUCGCUUCCAAGACAUGGCCAAGAAACUGAUGAUGAGAUGCCUGCAAAUAGGACACCUGGUACCCAUGAUGAUGGACAACCCCUUUAAUAACAGUGAGGUGCAAAUGGAGGACAGCAUGUCUAGUCCCAACCCUCUCUCCCACUUCUACUCUCUUCUCACCUCCCUCCCUGCUGAGGAAACCUACUCAGACACAGACAUGGACUCUGCUUCCCGCUUCUAUUUCCAGCCCAAUAGCACCAUGAAAUACCCUGACUCUGACCAUGAUUGGAACGUGACAGAGAGGAUGUGGAACUGUUCCAGUCUACCAAGCUUCAUCGAGCACAUGAGGAACUCUUCGGCUGGUCCCCGGUGUUUCCUGAGAGCGUUCAUCGCCCCCCUCUCCUGGGUCGCCCUGACGAUGAAGGGUGGGGACGACAUGGCCCCAGAGGAUUAUGGGAGGCUGGUGUGGGCCGCUAAGCCACUCCUACAGAACAUGCCCCCGCCUCAGAUGACCCUGCCUCCCUGGAUACAGAACCCCCACCUGGAAGAGAUGAUGAAGAUGUUGGGAGAGGUGUUUGGGUCUCUCUCUGAGGAGCAGCAUGUUCAGAUCAGAGAGUGGGUCAAGGAGCAGGUGACCCAGAACAACUACAACUGCAGCCACAACGCUGCAGCCUGGCGCCCCAGACCCACACCAGAACAGAAACCAGGACAGACACACAGACCAGAACAGGAACCAGGACAGACACACAGUCCAGAAGGAGUACAGAACAGGCCUGCUAGACCACCACAGCCUGAUAUGACAGUGAUGCCCUGGCCCAGCCCCUGUCCUCCCAGUCUGGUGUGGCUGAAGAUUGAGGUGAUGAAGAUGAUGGGGCCCUUCCUCUCCGGGCUGCCCAUGGAUGACAUCCAAACCAUCCCCAACGACCAGUUGUGUCAAUUCUUCCAUUCACCCCAGUUCCCGUCCUCCUUCAGAGGUGUGGGGGGACUCCCUCCUCUCCAGGGCAGAAAGAUACUGCAGAAGAUCAGAGAGUGUUCCCAGAAGAGAGAGGACUUGGUCCAGAACCUGGACAGACUGGGCUCGCUGGCAUGUUUCUAUGACGACGCCCCAACCCUAAACUCUUCCAUGAGCCAGCUCCUCCUCUCUCAGCUCGACGACUGUAGCAACUCUGGAGUCGCCAAGCUGAAGAAGAAGCUUGUCAACACUGUCAUGUCAUCAUCUGUGGACGAUUCCAGUCCUGAGCUGCUGCGUGCGCUGGGUCCUGGUGUUACGGUGCUUUCCCCCUUCCGUCUCUCCCAGUUCUCCCCGGACGCCCUCAAGGACACCCUAAUGUCACUGGGGUCAGAGGUGAAGUGGGGUCUGACCCAGGCCAAAACACUGGCCAAUAAACUACUGCAGGGGAAGCAGGAGGUGUCUGGUAAGGAGUUAAUGUCUCUGGGUUCAGCUGUGACGGGCGUGGCCUCCUCUGUCCUCAGGAAGAUCAAAUCCCAGGGGCUUCUGGGUAAUGAGGGUCUGGACAUAAUGAGUCAAAAGAUGACCAGGCUACAGAGAAAAGCACUGCUGGAGGGGCUGCGUGGGGAUGUGAAUGCCUCAGAGCUGAUCCAGAAAGUCCCUGCCUCCCUGCUGUCCAGCCUAUCCCUGACCACCCUGGACAAGGCUAACCUGACCUCCCUCGACCAACUGGAGGGCAAGCAGUGGACACGUGCACAGUCGGCCUUUCUGGUCAGAAAGAUCCUAGGCAAGAAGAUGACACUUACAGACAUGCGGAGGCUGGGCUCGGCGAUGCAGGGCGUGGCCUGUGAGAUGAUUGAAAAGGUGGCUGAAAGUGGCGUCAUGGAGAUGGCCCAAGCUGUAACAGAGACUCCACGCUGGCUCUCUAAGACACAGGUGUGCUGUACUGCACAGAGUCUGUUUGCAGGUUUGGAGAAAAAGAGAGCAGGCUACUUCAACAACAUUACAGACACAGAGCUGGAGGAGAUCCCCACACUGCUGCUGCUUCACCUGCCGGCUGAGAAGAUAGCCAGUCUGCCUGCCUCUGUAUGUGCUGUGUUCAUGAAGAAGAUGAAAGAGGCCAACCUGAGUUCUUUGCCUCUCACCUCUCGCUCUCGCCCCACACUGAUCAACAGAGCCCUGAGCUGCCUGGGGAGGAACAUGUCAGAGUUGUCCAGUGAGGAGGUGUUGAGUCUGGGGUCGCUGCUGUGUGAGCUAGCCCCCUCUCAGAUGUCCCUCCUGGCCCCUGAGGUCCUCAACUCCACGGUGCAGGCCCUGGCCUCCUGCACACAGAUACCUCGACGCCACUGGAGGGCGCUCUUCCAGCUGCUCAAUGAUACAUACGGUGAACCAUCUGAUUGGACAGCUGACACCAUGAAAUCCCUGGGUCCUCUCCUUCUAUUGGAUGAUUCUGCUGUCCGCUCACUGCGCUUUAAGUCGUGGCUGAAAGAGACUCUGUCUGACCUGAUGGACAGCCUACCCAGCCCUCCGGUCCCUACACCUCCUCAGGAGUUUAGUUGGGGUCCAGACCUCUCAGCCCUGCGAUGGAAACUCUUCUCUCUCUCCACCUCCACAUCUGGCUCUGUGUCCCCUGAAGUAAUGCCCGUGCGCAGGAAGAGAGCAGUUCUCCCUCAGGGGGAGGCGGGCCUUACCAUGUCUCUGUUGGAGGAACUGGGCAGAGCCAAUGUCUACUGGAGCCCAGCCCAGCUCUCCAAGAUGGACGCCGCCACAAUCACCGCUGCCGUGGAAACACUGGGGGAGGUCCUUGACUACAACGCCGAGCAACUGGGCGUGCUCAGAGAGAAGGCCAUCCAGGCCUGGGGUCCAGUGUCAGGUCUGAAUGAGAGCCAGGUGCUCCAGCUGGGCUGUGUCUCUCAGGGGUUCAACCUAACUGAGCUGCCCAGCCUCCCCUUCUCCUCACUGGACACUCUGGACACACUUUCCCGCUGCUCCUGGACACAAUCACAGAGGGAGGCUGUGUGGAGGGGUUUUGUGGAGCGUAUUAAUAAGACAGUGGGAGAACUGGGAGCUGUGGAGUUGGUGGGACUGAACCAGUUCAUCUGUGGUAUGAAAGCUGAGGAGACUGGUCAGCUCAACACUGACGCCUUCAGGGAGGCAGUACAGUCGGUGGGUCAGGUGCAGUGCCCCCUGGCAGUAACAGAGCUUCUGAAGCAGCGUGCUGUGGCUGUGUUUGGAGAACCACAGGGCUGGACCGAGGCUCAGGUCAACUCUCUGGGCAACAUCAUGGCUGGUUUGAGUUUGUCAGAGUUUCGUUCUCUCAGUCCCUCUGCCCUCUCGUUCCUCAGUCCGACCAGCGUUCCUCUCAUCCCCCCAGACCGCCUCGCUGCACUCUCAACCAGCCAGCUGAAGGCCCUGGGUCCUGACAAUGCUGCCAUGGUAACUGCUGCACAGAUGGCGGUACUGGGGGAGGCGCAACGGGCUGCUCUUGGCAACGCUCUGGGUGUGGCCUACGACCGUGCAGAACUGACUACAAACCCACCCAGCAACCUGCCUCAACGCUCAGGAGCAUCUAUGCUGGGAACUCUGGGAAUUGAAGUCUUUAUGCAGCCCUUCUUGUUCCUACUGCUGGGGUUUGUCCUGUAGUGAUAAACUACACAUCCCUUAGACACGCAUGACUAUCUUUAUGGAACUACUCAUGCGCGUGUCGAACAAGAAUAGAUUGUUGAUACAAUUUGCAUAUUUUAACAGUAACAAAUAUAACUUGUAUUUCUGUCAUAAGAGUAUAUCAAGCUUUUUAAAAUUAAAAAUACCUAUUCUAGAUUAAGCCAGAGCAUGCCUUGAGCACAUCAAAGCAGAUAGAUACCUGUGACAAAAAUGUGAAAGCGCUUAAGAUAUUUUUAUUCUAUUUGUUAAAGAAAUCUAAGAAAUAUUUAUAUUUCUAUAUCUUUGUUGCAAUGGUGGGUCUCUAUUGUAGGAUAAUGCUGGAACAUGUGAUGUGUGAGUCUGUGUUUUGCGUUGGUUGUUUUCUGAGAGUUAGGAUCAUAAAAUGAGGAUUAUUGGUGUUAACCGAGUGCUGACAAGAUUGGAAAUGGAAGACUAACUUAAUAAUAAAGAUUAUGAACCUACAGUCACUUA